UACUGAUACGUUUGGACUCCAUCAACGGAAAACGUGGCGGUUUAUGCUCCAUCGUUGAACACAGCACACAUAUUACAAUAUUAAUAUCACUCCCUCUCUCCCUUUCUCUCAGGACAGGACACACACAAGAUGCUCUUCUGGAUCAUUCUAGUUUCGUCUCUCGGUUUUUUCCAAAUCUUGAACAAGUUAUCUUCUCUUGUGAGAUGGAUCUUCAUCCUAGUUGUCAGACCCGCAAAGGAUCUGACGAGCUACGGGUCGUGGGCCCUAGUCACUGGCUCCACCGAUGGAAUCGGGAAAGCCUUCGCUUUCAGACUCGCGGCCAACGGCCUCAAUCUAGUUCUAGUCAGCAGGAACUCCGCAAAACUGAAGACCGUUUCCGCCGAAAUCCAAGCUAGCUUUCCCGAUUCCAAAAUCAAACUAUUCGAGCUCGACUUCUCUGGAGACGACGUCGUCUCCAGGGUUGCCGAGAUGAAGGAGGCCAUCGAUGGUCUGGACAUCGGGGUGCUGAUCAACAACGUGGGCGUCACGUAUCCAAGAGCCAUGUAUUUUCACGAGGUGGAGGAGAAAGUGUGGAUGAAUCUGGUGAGGGUUAAUGUGGAAGCUACAACUCACGUUACCAAAGCAGUUGUAGCAGGUAUGAUACGCAGAGGGAGAGGCGCCAUACUCAACAUCGGCUCCGGUGCAUCAAUUGUUGUACCGUCUCACCCGCUCUACGCCGUCUACGCCGCCACCAAAGCGUAUGUGGAUCGAUUAUCGAGAAGCCUAUAUGUAGAGUACAAGCACCAAGGAAUAGAUGUCCAGUGUCAGGUACCUCUAUAUGUAUCAACAAGAAUGGCAUCAGAAGUUGCAGAUGUGGAAAAAUCAACAGUAUUUAUACCAAGAGCUGAGAGGUAUGUGGAAGCAGCAGUUCAAUGGAUAGGAUAUGAGAGUAGGUGCACUCCUUACUGGGCCCAUUCUAUUCAGUGGUUCUUUGCCUCUCUGUUGCCUCAUGCUAUUCUUGAUUCUUGGAGGCUCAAUGUUGCCAUUACAAGAAUUCAAAACAAAAACAAAAAAAAGAAUCAGUAAUUAAUUAAUUAAUUAAUCAAGGAAUAGCAGUAGUUGUUAAAUAAAUAGUGUUAUUUGCUCUAUUGUAUCAAUCACCUUUAAUUUGUAGACGCUUUUUUAUGAAAAAACAAACCUAAAUAUCA